UUUGGGUACCAUACGAGAGUGUAGAUGGUUGUUGCCCUUCAUCUCCCCUGAACUGCAACCUUGGUGGUGGAUGUGAGCUUGCCUUAGGGCUGUUGGUGUUUGAGGUCUGAGCUGGUAGAGGAUCCUGACAGUGGUAUCAGAGCUUGGACGCCGCCUCUCACUGACGCCGGGAACUCGCCGGAGACAGGGACCAUCCAAACCGGUAACGCCAGGUGCUCCGUCGGAGAUUGGUAAGACGGGUGUCGUUUCAGUGACACCCGCUCAGGUAUAAGUCUGAAACCCUAACCUCUGGGCUGCCGGAGUGCCACCGGCCUCUGUGUUGCAUGGGUGGACUUGUAACCCUAGGUUAUAAAUCUGCCGAGUAGAAACCCUAGAACAACCCUUGCAUGUACAGUAUCUGUUAGCACAGAUCUGUAGAAACCCUAGGUGUAAUUCGGUUGUGCAUGAGUGGACCAAUCUGUGUCGAACUUGGCCACUGAUUAUCUGUGGACUCUGAUUGGCAUAUUAAUCUGGCUCUUUGUGUGUCUUAGUCAUUGAUCUGCCACCCUUGUGUGUUUACCUCUGAACUCUUCCUAGCAUUAUUGUACUCUGCUCUUUACUGUUGUAUUGCCUGUUUAAUCUCUGCUCAGUCUGUCUGGCUCUACUCUCUAGUCUGAGUUCUGGUAAUUGUGUAGCUUUGAACCCCUAGUUGGCUAAGGCACCUGAGGUUAGGGCUAAGGGAUACCCUGCCAGCCACUUCAGUGGCCCCGGAACUGCGUGGUCUCUUAGUCCGCAGCCUGAUCCUCUAGGGUUAAGCUUUUAUAUUACCUGAAUUUCAGUUGUUGAGUGUAAUCUGUUACCAUGGCUUCUAACCUAUAUGGAAUGAUGCCUUUUAAUGGUAAAACUGACUUUGAUAUAUGGAAACAAAAGAUUAAAUGUGUGUUAAUUCAACAGAAAGUGUUCAGAGCUGUUACUAAUCAAUACUUAGAAACUGAGGAUAAACCUAAACAAGUUGAGAUGAAUGAGACAGCCUGUUCAACAAUAUACUUAAACCUGUCUGACUCUGUCCUUAGAAAGGUUGGAGUCAUUGAGUCUGCUAAGGCCCUCUGGGAUAAAUUAGAAUCUCUAUAUACGGAUACUUCCCUUCCUGGUAAACUGUUUUUGUUGGAAAAGUUUUUUAGGUUCAGACUUGACCUAACAAAAGAUAUUGAUGAAAACCUUGAUGUUUUUAAUAAACUUAUCCAAAACAUUAAGCAGGCUGGGGAUAAACAUAUAGAUGAUUACACUGCAAUAGUUUUGCUAAAUGCCAUACCUGAUUCCUAUAAUGAUGUUAAGUCAGCCAUUAAGUAUGGGAGGGAUGAUAUUACCCUAGAUAUUGUUAUUAAUGGUCUGAGAAGUAAAGAAUUGGACUUAAAACAUUCUAGAAGUCAUCAUAGGGAAUCUGGGGAAGCUCUGCUUGUUAGAGGAAGGUCUAAAAGCAGGUCUAGGCAUCCUAAGAAGGAUAAUCAUGACAAAGGAAAUAAGCAAACUGGAAAGAAGAGGUUUAAGUCUAGAAAAAGGGUUUGUUACAACUGUGGUAACCCAGGACAUUACAUAAAAGACUGUACCCAACCUAAAAAGAAUGACCAGGCUAAUGUUGUGACCAAUAAGGAUGUAGAAGAUGAUGUCUUUAUGGUCUGUGAUGAAGCCAAUUCUGUGCUUAGUAGUUUGACUGAAACUGAAUGGUUAAUAGACUCAGGUUGUACCUACCAUAUGACUCCUUUUAGAAAUCUGUUUUCAUCCUAUAGCUUAUGUGACACUGGUUUUGUUUCCUUAGCUGAUAGUAAAAGGUGUAAGGUCCUUGGUAUUGGUGACAUCUGUCUAAAAUUUGAAAAUGGAACUGUCUUUCAAAUAAAAAAUGUUAGACAUGUACCUGAUUUAAGACACAACCUGUUUUCAGUAUCUGCUUUUGAAGAAGGUGGUCUUGAGGGUAAAUGGGGAAAUGGGUGUAAGAAAAUCUUAAAAAACUCCCUUGUUUUGUUCAAAGCUUUGAAACAGAACAAUCUGUAUGUUGUCCAUGCUAAACCUUUUUCUGAAAAUGCUAAUGCUGUACUUAAUGACAAGUCUGUGCUUUGGCACCAACGACUUGGUCAUAUGAGUAAUAAAGGAUUAAACAUUUUGCAUAAAAAUGGGUGUUUUGGAACUGACUUGGUGUCACCUAUACCAUUCUGUGAAGGUUGUGUUCUAGGUAAACAACAUAGGGUUCAAUUUCCUGUCUCUAGCUAUCCUAGUGAACCUAAGUCCAAAACUGUCCUUGACUACAUACAUGCUGAUGUGUGGGGUCCUUCCAGUGUCCCUACCCAUGGGGGUAGGAGGUAUUUCUUGUCUAUAAUUGAUGACUUUUCUAGAAAAGUCUGGGUUUGUUUGUUAGAACAUAAAUCUGAUGUGUACAUUAAGUUUAAAGAAUGGAAAAUUAUGAUAGAAAACCAAACUGGAUGUAAGGUUAAAACCCUUAGAACUGACAAUGGCUUAGAAUUUUGCAAUAAUGACAUGGAUAAGUUGUGUAUUGAAAAUGGGAUUAGGAGACACAAAACUGUGCCCUAUACUCCCCAGCAAAAUGGUUUGGCUGAGAGAAUGAAUAGGACCCUCCUUGAUAAGGUUAGAAGUAUGCUUGCUACUUCUGGUCUCCGCAAGAAGUUUUGGGGAGAAGCUGUGAACACUGCUGUCUAUUUAAUCAAUAGAUCCCCUUCUGUGCCUUUAGGGGGUAAAACCCCUGAAUCUGUUUUCUCUAGAAAGCCCAUUGAUCUGUCAAACUUAAGAGUUUUUGGGUGUGCUGCCUUUGUGCACCAACAAACUGACAAACUUGAUCCUAGGUCUAAAAAGUGUGUUUUCCUAGGUUACCCUGAAGGUGUAAAAGGCUAUAGGGUAUGGGAUAGAAAUCAACCUGGUUUUAAAGUCAUUAUAAGCAGAAAUGUUGUGUUUAAUGAAAUUGAUUUUCCCUGCUUAGUUAAGACUGUGACUGACCAUCAAACUGAACCUGAUGGCACCCCUCCAAGUGAGGUGGAGCCUAUCCAACCUGCUCCCACCCCUCUGUUUAAUGAAUCUGAGCCUCAAGAUAAUUCUGACCUUACCAACACUAUGCAUGAUACCCACUCUACCCACAGUGAGGUGGAGCAGCACACUGAUUCAAACAAUAGCAAGACUAUGCAUGAAGUGUUUACUGAAAAUGAGUCUGUUGAUAACUCUCAUGAUAUUGAGGAUCAAGGUCUAGAAGGAUAUCAACUGGCUAGAGAUAGAGUUAGGAGAAAUAUAAGGAAAAUUUCUGAUAGCAUGACUGAUUAUGCUUUUCAUCUCUAUGAUACUUCCUUGUUUGCCUUCUCUGUUUUUGAAACUCUUGAUUUGAAUGAACCUAAAACCUAUCAGGAAGCCCUUGCCUCUAAAGAAUCUAAAAAUUGGCUUAGUGCUAUGCGAAGUGAAAUAGAUUCCCUUAAGUUGAAUAAAACUUGGACCCUAGUUCCUAGGGCUCCUAAUUGUUCUGUUGUUGAGUGCAAAUGGCUUUUCAAAGUUAAGGAGGAACCUAAUGAUAUUAGGUUUAAGGCUAGGUUAGUUGCCAAAGGUUUCACUCAAAAAGAAGGGGUAGAUUAUGCUGAAAUUUUUGCUCCUGUAGUGAAGUUUACUACAAUUAGGUUGAUGCUUGCUCUAGUUGCCCAUAAUGACUGGGAAAUGAAGCAGAUGGAUGUUACCACUGCCUUUUUACAUGGUGAACUUGAUAAGCAGAUUUUUAUGACCCAACCUGAGGGUUUUGUUGACCCUAAGUACCCUAGACAUGUCUGUCUACUUAGGAAGGCCCUCUAUGGCCUAAAACAAUCACCUAGACAGUGGAACAUUAAAUUUGACCAAUGCAUGACUUCCUUGAGUUUCAAAAGGUCUGAUUCUGACCCUUGCAUGUAUUUUAAGAAUACUGACUCUGUACUUGUUUUCUUGUUGAUCUAUGUGGAUGAUAUGCUCAUUAUUAGCCCCUCAGUGAAUGCAAUUAAGAAUGUUCAAAAGUGUCUAUGUGAGAAUUUUGCUAUGAAGGACCUAGGAGAUGCUAAGAGAAUCUUAGGGAUUGAUAUCAUUAGGGAUAGGAGUAGAUGUACCCUUACCCUUAAUCAGGUCUCCUACCUUGAUAAGGUUCUGAAAAAAUUUAACAUGAAUUCUGCCCUACCUGUUAAUGUGCCUCUAGCUCCUCAUUUUGUCCUAAGUAAGGAUCAGUCUCCUAAGACUGGCCCUGAAACCGAUAUGAUGAAGUCUGUACCCUAUUCCAAUGCAAUAGGGUCGGUUAUGUAUCUCAUGGUAAGCACCAGGCCUGAUAUUGCCUAUGCAGUCAGCUGCUUAAGCAGAUAUAUGGCCAACCCUGGGAUGCCUCAUUGGAAUGCCCUGAAAUGGUUGCUUAGGUACCUUAAGGGUACCACCUCUCAUGGUCUUGUGUUUUCUAAAUCUGAUUCUGGUAUUUGUCUUACUGGCUAUGUUGAUUCCAAUUAUGCAAAUGAUAGGGAUAAUAGGAAGUCUACUACUUCUUAUAUUUUUACUUUGUGUGGUUCUUGCAUAAGUUGGAAAUCCCAACUUCAGCCUAUUGUUGCACUUUCUACUACUGAAUCUGAAUACGUUGCAGCAACUGAGGCCUUUAAAGAGGCUAUCUGGCUGAAACGUAUUCUAUCUGAAAUUGGUUUUCUUAGACAGGUUGUAACUGUGUACUCUGACAGCCAGUCUGCUAUACAAUUAUGCAAAAAUCCAGUAUUUCAUGACAGGACCAAGCACAUUGAUGUCAGGUUCCACUUCAUCAGGGACAUUGUUGACAAAGGAGGGGUGAAGCUAUGCAAAAUAGCUUCUGAAUUCAACCCUGCUGAUAUGGGGACUAAAUGUCUCACUUUUGAAAAACUGUUUUCUUGUAAACGUAUUCUUAAUUUAGAUUGUGGCUGAUAAGAACAGAUUAAAACAAGAAAAACCGGCGAUGAUGAUACUCCCUUUCACAUUUGUGCUCUACACCACCAAGGGGACCAAUAAGGUGGAGAUUGUUGAUGGUAUUGGCCCACCUCUCUUGGCUUGAUCCAUUCCCGUGUCAUCCUUGGUCCACCUCUAUUUAAUAGUUUGGUCUCCUAUUAAAUGAUCUGGCCCAUUUGAGCUGUCAGCCUGACUCAGCCCAUCCGCCCACUUUGUUUUCUAUCCAGCCCGUGACCCUGUGGCCCCUUGAUAUAUUUGUCUGGAUGUCUCCAGAUCCUCCUAUUUGAUCCUCUCCUCUUUCUCUCGACACGAUGAGACACUCAGUGCGUUGCCCCUUUCCUAGAGUGAGAGAGAGUCUGAAUCACCUGUGUGCUGUGCUCCGGUCAGCCUCCGGUGACCUUUUGGGGACCCU